AUGGCUGGGCAGCAGGUGCCCCUGGCCCUUGGAGAAGGGGGCGGCAGGCGGAGGCGCCCCACAGGCGCCGCUCGAGCGCAGCGCCUCACCGCCCGCGCCCCGCCCCACUCCGGCACCCGCGCGGCGCAUGCGCGGCGCCGCGCCUCGGGCGGGCGAAUUCAAACGUGCCCCUCGCCCCUUCUCCUCGCCGGGGCGCGGGCGGGCGGGGGCUGCCUGAGCCCGCUCCGCCGGACGCGGACCCUCCUCUCCCCUCGCCGUCUCCGCGGGAGGUAUGGCGAGAGGCUUUCGGCGAUGGCUUCGGGGUGCUCGGAGGCGGCGACGCAGCGGGUGGCAGAGCUGGAGGAAGAGCUGCGGGCUCUGGCGGAGCAGCUGAGCCGCUGCCAGGCUGAUAAAGAAUUUGUGUGGUCUCUUUGGAAACAUCUCCAGGUGUCAAAACCAGACCUUACUCAAGCCGUCAGCUUGGUUGUGGAAAGAGAAAAACGGAAAGCUGAAGUCAAGGACAGAAGCAUUUUAAAGGUUUUGCAAGACAAAGACAGCGAAAUAGAAUCUUUAGAACAGAGGCUCACAGGACAGCAGCAGGAGAUAAACAGCUUAAUGCAGAGAAAAAAUGCUGUGGAUGAGGAAAAUACCCGUUUGAAGAAUGAAUUCGGUUACUUGAACCGGAAAUUUAAAGAUAAAAGCCAAGAACUUAAGGACACUGAGGAGUGUGCACAGAAGAAGGAAGAGCAAAACAGACUGGUUAUAAAAAACCUGGAGGAGGAAAAUAAGGGAUUAAAUAUAUGCUGUGCUGACCUGCUAAGUGACCUGGAGAAACUGAGGAAGCAGGAGACACAAUGGAAAAAAGAAAAAUCUGGCAGUGAUACCAGAAUAAAGAAUUUGGAAACUGAUUUAGCAGAGACAAGAGAACAAAUAAAAAGUUUGCACUGUAUAUGCAGUAACUUGUCAUCUCAGGUAGAUGUGAAACAGGAAGAACGUUUCCAAAAGGAUUGUGAUGUGGUCGGAGCUGAGAAGGAGUUAGAGGAGCUACAGAAUCUUUACAGACAAAACACUGAGGAUAGAACACAGCAGGCUGAGCUGAUAAAGCAGCUAGAGGCUCUCAGUGCUGAUACACAAGAAGUACUGCAAGCCCAAGAAUAUGCUCACACAGCUAAAACAACAUAUCAAAAAAUUAUUACCCUUACAAUAAGGAUAGGUAUUGCAACAGCCUUUAAGUCUGCUAGAGACUAUAUUACUAUGCAAGAAUCAGAAAUGGAGCUUUUACAGAAAAAAUUGAAGGAAGUGGAUCUUAACCUAGCAGAGCAUAAUUUGUACACUACAGAUACACUGGAAAGCAGCAAUAUAAGGACUGGAAGAAAGCACAAGGAACCACCUGUGAAAUGUUCAAGGUCUCUGUCCCCAAAGAGCUCUUUUAGAGAGUCAGAGGAACUAAAGCUUAAAAUAGCUGAGAGGAAGAUUGAAAACUUAGAGAAGACAUUACAGCUAAAGUCUCAAGAAUCUUAUGAGCUAAGAGCAGCCUAUGGAAAACAUGAAGAAAGGCUGCAGAUGUUACAGCCCAACUACAGAGUGCUAAAAGAGCAAUUAAAGCAGUGGGAAGAGGGCAAUAGCAGACUGAAUCUUGAGGAUGAAUUGGAUCAGAUGAAAAUACAACAAUCUGAAGGGGACUCCUUCCCUUGCUCCAGUUGUGAGAAGUCCAUGGAGCCACUUUUUAAACUUAGUGAAGAUGAUGCGGCCAAGGCUAAUGCUUCAAAGAGAUAUAUGAGAGAAGUUUCAUACAAGAUGCUACAGAAGGUACAACAACUAGAAAGAAGAUUCAAAGCUAUUGAAGGGGAAUUAAAGAAACAGAAAGAAGUAAAUAAAGACUUACUGAAUGAGAAAAUGUAUUUGAAAGAAUCUUUGAAACUGCAAAACGAAGAUGCAGACACAAGAAAAAGAGAGCUGGAAACAGUACUUAAGAGGAUUUGUGAGGUAAAAAAAGAAAAAGCAGAACUUCAGUUCUUGAUUGAUGAGAAGGAAAAAGAAGCUGCCUCUUUGAAGAGGCAAGUGACAGAAGCUAACAGGUUGAGAAAUGAAAGUGAAGAUUUGCUGAGUCAAGUGCAGGAGCAGAAGUGUUUGCUGGAUAAAUCCAAAGCAGUGGCAAUCUCUGGGCAAUGUAAUUGCAAGAUAACAGACACCAAGGUUAAAUUAAAAACAGCCAAGAAAAAGAGCUCUUUGGGACAUCAUGGAGCUUUUCUCAAACAGUCCAUCAAGGUUAUGAGUAAUGUGUUUGAGAACUUCAGUAAGGACGGCUGGGAGGAUAUGAGUGAAAGCAGAAGAGGCCCAGCUGGUUGUGUCCCAGGUCUUAAGAGGCUCCCUACAAUCUUGAACAGAGCAAAAGGGAGAAAUACCACUAUUCAGAAACUGGGCUACUCUGUUACUCUACUACAGAAAACAAUUAAGCCACUGAAGAAGCAGGUAGCUGUUGUACAGAGGAAAAAAAAGACAACAGUGUCUGCCAUUAAAAAUGUUAAACAAAACAAUGACAAAUUAACAAGUCAGCUACAUUUGCCUGAUCAGAGACUUCAAGUCUCAAGUGACCAUAGAGGUAAAGUACUUUUCAUUAUAGUGUCUUACAAUGUUCACCUUAAUUCUAGUGCACUUCUAUACAGAACAGAAGGUUGGUGGAGGCAAGUGCUUAGUAUGGUUAGCAAGCUGAUGUUUAAGAUUCUUCUACCUUUCAUCCUGGUGACCUCUUCCCCUGGAGUAAAUUCUUCUUAUUCUGUCAUUCAGGAUUUGUGUAUUUUGGCCUCCAGCCUGGCCAAGUGGCAAUUGGAGAAGAAAGAUUUACAAGGAAAAUUAAAGUUGAGAGAACAUCUGUCUCAAACUGCUGGCAAGAGUGAAGCCACACCAGCUCCUUCAAAGAACAUUGAUUUAGAGAUUAAACAGCUGCAGUGCAAACUAAAGAAUUCGAACACUGAGAUCGCUAAGCAAUCGACCACCAUUAAGUCCCUUAAAAAACAAGUCCAGGAAAAAGAAGAAUGGGUUCAGGAACUACAAGCGAAAAUUUCUAAGUUGGAGAGGGCUGUUACUAUGAAAAGACAGUUGAUAGAAGACUUAAUGUCUUGCCUAAAAGCAAAUCAAGAAAAUAAGAAAACCUCAAAUGAAACAUUGGAAAGUCUUGAGAGAAAGACGAAGGCACUGGCUGAAGACAAAAAAGCUUCCAUUGACUCAAUGAAACAAAGGUUUAAUGUAGCUAUGAAAGAGAAGUCUCAGUAUGAGCAGAUGUAUCACAAAGCUAAAGAUGAUUUGGAGAAAAAGGAUCUCAGGAUUGCUAAACUAGAGAGAAAAGUGAUUGAGACUGAAUGUGCUUUGAGUGAGCUUGAAACUGCUGCAUCUCAACAACUAUAUGGCUUGACUAAGCAGAAUACACAGGCAUUGGAGACUCUACAGAAGGAGCUGCUGCUCGCCAGUGACAAAGUAGAAGAGUUCAAGACAUUUGUGAAGUCUCUAACCGGAGAAUUACAUCACAGUGUACAAGAGCUGAGAACAAAAAUCAAACUGGCAAAAAAAGUGGGAGAAAUGAAAGCAUGCAAAAAGGGUCUUUCCCAAGAGAGUUUUCAGUUAGCAGCGUCUAUCCUUAAUGUUUCAACAAGUGAUCUUUAUCAAAUACUACAAGAAGGAGAUGAUGAGGAAACAGCCGAAACAGAAAUGGAAUUUGAAAAAGAUAAAGAAUGGCUACAGCAUAUACAGAAACUUAGUGAAGGACAGUUUCCUUUUGCCUCAUACUUAAUGGAUGCUGUACUGGAAAAAUUAAAUGAGAAGAAGAAAUUGGUAGAAAAGUACAGUUCCCUCAUGAAGCGCACUGUAUGAUAUUGCUAAGAUGUGUAUUUGCAAAGUCUGACUGAAAUGUGUGCUGUUUCCUCAUGUCUUUCCUCUUCUCAUAAAGAACUGUCAAUAUGCAUGUUCAAUACAUACACAGAAACCAUGAACUAAUUAAUUGUUGAACAAGAGGAAUUAAUUAAAUUCCUAUUAGAAAGCAGUGUCUUAUUUGAUUCCUGAAGAGAAAAAUUGCUGCAAAUCAAUGCAAAGCUCAAAAUUAUUUUCCUUUAAAUGCAUUGGCAGUGAACACAUGUGCAGGCUUUGUAGAGGAAGGAUGUCUUUGUUAUGAAUAAUACACAUCUGUACAAUUUUGAAAGAAAAAAAAGCAGCCAAGUACACCUCAUUGUACUAAUCAGAACAGUAGAAGUAGGAUUUAUAAAGGAACUGGGAAUAUCACUGAGAUUUUGAAUACCUAAUUUAUUUUCGUUUCUUUGUAAAGCCAAACUUUAUUAUAUAUGCUACAUGAAAUGAUAUGCUUUUAUGUUAGAAAAAAUGAAUGAUUGCACAAUAAAAUGUCCUGUGUGGAGUAAUGCAAUAAAAGCUGUACUUUUCUCUGAGCAUACUGGAGCAUAACAUGUGCAAUGUAUUUUUAAAAAUACAAUAAAAUAAAGUUUUUUCUAUUAUGGUUUUUUCACUAGUAGAUCCAGUUAUUUUUCAGCUGCAAGCAGGUAGCUGCAGGUAGCUGCAUGCUCUCACUUGCCUUGAGAAAGUAGUGUAGAGUUUUAGCCAGUUAUUUCCACCAACAUUUCUCUGGUUCUACUAACAAAUAAUUGCUGGUUCUUCACACUUUUGAUCUUAGACUUUGAAUUCCUCUGGACAA